ACCUAUUAUUAAUAGCUGGUUGAGUAAAUAAGUGAUGCAGAAAGAUGAUAAAAUGACUAGUAGGGCUUUUACCUCGACAAUAAAUAGUUGAAAGUUAAAUAAAAAGUCUAUGUAAAGUGUAGAUAUAGACAUGAACAUGAAAGUUCGAAUUAUGUCUAGUGAGUUGAGGGCAAUACAAUGCCCUAGCAAGUGGGGAGGUUAAGGGGAAGGUAUUUGAACCCCUUCUGGUAAAAGCUCGUUGGAGACUUUGCUCUGAAUUUUAGUCUGCAUUGCGCAUUCACAAGACAGGCGCAACGUGUAUCGAGACAUCGCGACUUGUCGUCGCAAGCCACGAUCCUCGUUAUUUCUCCCCCGGUUUGUUCAAUAAUAUAUCAAGAAUCUUUAGUUCAUAUUUUUUCAUUAUACUUUUAUUAACUGUUUGAAUUAAUUUUUAUAAAACACUCUUUUAUUUAACUUCCGGGUAAUUAUCGUUCAUUACUCUCGCCGUGUUCUGGCUAUUGAUUUCAUCAAACAAUCGAGAUAAUUUGACUAAUUUUCAUUUAAACAUUGCCAACGAUUCAACUACAUCAACUUGUUUUCUCAAAUAAACACAUUAAAAUAAUGUACAAGCGAACAAACAUGGCAGGCAUAGUCCUUAUCUUUAUAUGGAUGACAGUCCUUGCGUGCGGUCAAGGGAGUAAUGCCCGAGAAUUACCUCCCAAGGAGACAGAGGUGCAGUCACUGAUAACGCGCGCCUCCACGUGGUUAUGGAAACAAAAAGAUAAAGACGAUGGAUGGGGUAAUAACACCCACUGGGUGUUGUUGGCACUUCGUUUGACUAAUUUAUCCUACAGUGAUGAUAAUCCUUCGACAAUAUCUCUGGACUUCCAGCUGAGUAGCAAGCAAAUGGAGCUGGAAAUUGUGCUGUUGCUUUGGAGGCAUAGAGAAUUAGGAUUUUCAGCAACCAAUUUAGCACGAUACACGCUUGCCCUGAAUGCACUUUGUAUGGAUCCAAGACAAUUUUAUGGUCAUGAUCUGAUAGGAACUCUUCAGCAUCAUGAACCACAAACGGACUAUGAUUUAGCUCUAUCAAGUCUUGCGGCUUGUAGUGCGGAAGCUCAUAUCAGAAAAAGACAAAUUAGAAGACUUUUAGACAUUGCCAAUGCUGGUCAAUAUCAUAAUAUAGAUACUAUUUCUAUGGUAAUCCUUGCCUUAAGAUGUAUUGUCCAAGAUCACAGACAUCGGAAUCUUCGCCAUUUCGUUAGGAAACCAUCAAUAAGCCUGGCCAAACGCCAAAGACUUGAUGGAAGUUUUGGAGAUUUACGCAUGACAGCAUUAGCUAUGCAGGCUCUUGAACAAGCUGAAAACGAAUCUGCAAACAAUUGGAAUAAAUCAGCAGCCUUGAAAUGGCUGAUUUCUUGUCAGCAAGGGGAUGGUUCUUUUGAGAAAGACAUUUACACGACAGCUCAAGUAGUUCUUGGUCUCAGUCCCAAGAGUCUCGCUGGAAUACGAACUUUAAAUUGCCGUGAUGGUGACAAUACUUCUCCGCAUAUCAUUACAAAUUAUGAUAAUUAUGGUGAAAAUUCAAUUCCUUCAAGUACAAUGAUGAACGUAGAAAUGAACAUAAGCUCUAUAACAACCUUAUCAUCAUCAUCAACGCCAUCAACAUUAACUAAAUUAACAACAGUUUCAACAACAGUUACUACAACACCAUCAAAUCAUUUUGUGAAUGUUUCAUACACUCUUUGGGUUGGAACUAAUGAAAGUUACCAUUUGAUUGUAACGGCACCGAAAAAAAUGACUUUCUAUGGAGUCAUGUUAUUAGCAGCUGAAAUGUCACCACAUUUCCAAUUCUCAGCAUCUGAAUGGCCUAAUGGUCAUUAUGUUCAUACUAUCGCUGGAUAUAAGGAGGAACCGAUGUCAUAUCAUUAUUGGUUACUAUAUAGGCUUAAUACACCACCAGACUUAUCUUCUCCACCAGGCAAUCAACUCGUUGCCCCUGGAGGUGUGGAUGACCUGGAAGUCAGUGAAGGAGAAUACUACCUCUUCUGGUAUAAAAAACUCUGAAGAGUAUUAAUCAAUAAUCAUAAAUGAAUCAUUUAUCAAAUGUAAUAAUAAUAAAAAAAAAACACAAAACAAAAAA